UAUGAAUCAGGAGACCAAGAUCGACUGUGUCCACAUCGCCAGUAAAGCUGCCAUACUGGUGACCCAGCUCACUACUCCAUACAUCCGCAUCGCAGCAGCAGCUGGUGACGACCAACUAACAGGAGCGGUCACCCAUAAGCCAGACGCGGUGGAGCCAGAGAAACAGACAGACCACACGGUGAAGAUAGCCGGAGUCAUCGCUGGCAUCCUCCUCUUCACCAUCAUCUUCCUCGGAGUCGUCCUCCUCAUCAAGAAAAGAAGAACCUACCAUUCCUACACUUACUACCUGAAGCUGGCUAAGAAGCGUAAGGAGACGUUGAGCAGUGCUCGGCAGGAGAUGACAGUGAUGGUGAACUCCAUGGACAGGAGUUAUGCGGAGCAGGGGACAAACUGUGACGAGGCCUUGUCCUUCAUGGACACACAUAACCACACCCUCAACACUAGGAGCGAGUGCACCCUCACACUCAAUGGGAGAAGUAAGUUGUACUGGAAAAAUACAUACCUUCAGACUUUGAUUGGCCUUUUUUUUCCCCUUCUGAAAUCAAUAGUAUUGAUCAAAUAUCUUAUCCCUAUACUGUAGUAUGCUUUGACUCCAGCCACUCAAGUCAUAGACUGU